AUGGCCACAAAGCUCGGAAUAAUAUCUAAAAGACAAGGCGCCAAAAUCCACGAGAGCAAGACAAUGAGACGAACGAAUUUACCUGAACAUCGAGUCAAUAUCGUAUCGAAUGUCGCGGGCACACUCGAGAUGACAAUGCUAUUUGAAAAAAUCUUUUGUGAUCCGAUGCAGGUAAAAUUUACUCCGAGACAAACAAUAGUUUGCAUCGGCACCAAUGGCCGUAUGUCGGUGCCUUCGAAUCGCGACACCCACUAUAGAAACUUACGCGAUCGCUUCACGAACUGUACGUACGUCGACGGAAAUCUAGAACUGACAUGGCUUGAAAACGAGACAAUGGACUUGUCGUUUCUGCAACACAUUAGAGAAGUAACUGGCUACGUACUCAUAUCGUACGUAAAGGUGUCGCAAAUAAUUCUACCGCAGUUGCAAAUAAUUCGCGGUCGUACCUUGUUUAAAUUGAAGGUCAGAGAAGAGGAAUUCGCACUCCUGGUAACCAUGUCAUCAGCAUUUACUCUCGAACUCCCCGCGUUGCGCGAUGUCCUCAGGGGUAGUGUCGGCAUUUACAACAAUUAUAAUCUGUGUCACGUUAAGACUAUAAACUGGGACGAAAUAAUAACAGGUGUAAAUGCGACGUAUGUGUUCUUCUAUUCUUUUAAUGUACCUGAAAGAGAAUGUCCGCCGUGUCAUAAAAGCUGCGAAGCUGGUUGUUGGGGCGACGGUCCUCAUAACUGUCAAAAGUUUUCGAAAACUAACUGUAGUCCUCAAUGUGCUCAAGGACGUUGCUUUGGACCAAACCCUCGAGAUUGUUGCAAUACAUUCUGCGCUGGAGGUUGCACGGGUCCGUUGCCGAGCCAGUGUCUCGCCUGUCGCAAUUUUUACGACGAAGGAACGUGUUCACAAGAAUGUCCGUCGAUGCAAAAAUAUAAUCCUACCACUUACUCUUGGGAGCCAAAUCCAAAUGGAAAGUUUGCUUAUGGGGCCACUUGCGUCCGGAAUUGCCCUGAACACCUUCUAAAAGAUAAUGGAGCAUGUGUGAGGAGUUGUCCUCCUAACAAAACAGCAGUGAAUGGAGAAUGUAUACCUUGCAACGUCACAUGCCCGAAGACUUGCCGCGCUGAAAAACCUAUUCACUCUGGGAAUAUCAACAGUUUCAAGGACUGUACAAUCAUUGACGGUUCUAUAGAAAUAUUGGAGAUGACUUUUACAGGCUUUCAACAAAUUAACCCAGAUUAUUCUUUUGGAGACCGUUACGAUAAAAUGGAACCAAGCGCCCUAGAAGUUUUCAGCACAGUGCGCGAGGUUACUGGUUACUUGAACGUCCAAGCUCACCAUCCUAAUUUCACUACUCUAUCUUACUUCAGAAAUUUGGAAGUGAUUGGAGGGAGGCAAGUGGUCGAAAACUUAUUCGCUUCUCUGUAUAUCGUAAAGACUUCUUUAAAAUCACUGGGACUUAAAGCUCUGAAAAGGGUAAAUUCAGGAGCGAUAGCGAUCAUGGAGAAUCGGCAACUUUGCUUUGCUGAAAAAAUUAAUUGGAAUAAACUGGUAAAAUCUAAAGACCAUAAGCAAAUAAUACAGAAAAAUAGCGACGCAAUAAAUUGCGAAAAAGCGAAUUUGGUGUGUGACCCCGAAUGUUCAUCUGAUGGCUGCUGGGGCCCAGGACCUGAUCAAUGCCUUUAUUGUGAAAACUAUAAAUUUGGAGAAACUUGCAUACAAAAUUGCACCGUGCUUCCAGGAUUAUACAAGGCGGGUACGAAAACAUGUAAGCAAUGCCACGCGGAGUGCCUGGACGGAUGUACUGGACCAAGCAGAGCUAAUUGUACGAAGUGUAGGCAUGUAAAAGAUGGGCCGUACUGUGUCGCUCAAUGCCCAGAGACACGAUACGUAACCGAAAAUGGAACGUGUGAAUCUUGCCAUCAGAAUUGCUUAAAUGGAUGCACGGGACCGGCCAACACUGUGGGGGAAGGAGCAUGUAACUCAUGCAAGAAAGCAAUUAUUAGCGUUGAGGCAACAGUCGAAAGCUGUCUAAAAGAAAACGAACCUUGCCCUGAUGGGUAUUAUAACGAAUGGGUAGGAAAUGUUAAACCUUUAGAGGGAAAGGUAAAAGUAGUGUGCAGAAAAUGUCACCCAUUAUGUUAUAAAUGCACUGGCUUUGGAAUUCACGAACAUGUGUGUCAAGUAUGCAAUGGGUUCAAACGAGGUGAUCAAUGCGAAGAUGAGUGUCCCUCAGACCACUUUACAGAUACUACAAAUCGGUUGUGCACACCGUGUCAUCAAGAGUGCAAAGGAUGUAAAGGACCUUCAUCCACGGAUUGUAUCAAAUGCCAUAACUUAAAGGUAUACCUUGGUGAUUCCAAUUCACAGUAUUUCAAUUGUACCGCGACUUGCCCCGCUGACACACCACACAAGAUUUACUUCGACGAACUUCUCCAAAACCCUAUUGACGAACCCUAUUGUUCUGCAUCAGCAAGUGGUCUUCCUAGUAUGUCAACCGCAAAAAUACCAACAGUACUUGUGGUGAUACUUGUAUUGGCGUGUAUUCUGCUCGUCAUUCUUGCUAUUAUUGGAUACACGUGCAGACAAAAGGCAAAAGCUAAAAAGGAAGCUGUAAAAAUGACGAUGGUACUUACUGGUUGCGAGGAUAAUGAGCCGUUAAGACCGACUAAUGUGAAACCAAAUCUAGCGAAAUUAAGAAUUGUCAAAGAAGCUGAACUUCGUAGAGGAGGAAUGCUAGGUUUUGGUGCCUUUGGUAAAGUUUAUAAAGGAGUUUGGGUUCCCGAAGGAGAAAAUGUAAAAAUUCCCGUAGCUAUUAAGGUUUUGAAGGAAGGAACAGGGGCGAACACUAGUAAGGAGUUUUUAGAGGAGGCGUACAUAAUGGCUAGCGUAGAACAUCCCAAUUUAUUACAAUUGCUGGCUGUCUGCAUGACAAACCAGAUGAUGUUGAUUACACAAUUAAUGCCCCUUGGUUGCUUACUAGAUUAUGUAAGAACAUACAAGGAAAAAAUUGGAUCGAAAGCUUUUCUCAAUUGGUGCACUCAGAUAGCAAGAGGCAUGGCCUAUUUAGAAGAGAAACGUUUAGUGCAUAGGGAUUUAGCUGCUAGAAACGUUUUAGUACAAACGCCAAACUGUGUUAAGAUUACCGACUUCGGUCUGGCUAAGUUACUUGACAUUAACGAAGAUGAGUAUAAAGCAGCUGGGGGUAAGAUGCCAAUAAAAUGGCUAGCAUUGGAAUGUGUACAACACAGAAUAUUUACCCACAAAAGUGACGUAUGGGCGUUUGGUGUAACUAUAUGGGAAAUUUUAAGCUACGGCGCGAGACCAUAUGCAAACAUCUCAGCUAGAAAUGUUCCAGAAUUGAUAGAGAAUGGUCUUAAAUUGCCACAGCCUAGCAUUUGUACGCUGGAUAUUUACUGCAUUAUGGUAUCAUGUUGGAUGCUCGAUGCUGACAGUCGUCCAACGUUUAAACAGCUCGCUGACACUUUUGCUGACAUGGCACGUGAUCCUGGACGCUACCUGGUCAUUCCCGGAGACAAAUUCAUGCGACUCCCAUCUUAUUCCACUCAGGAUGAAAAGGAAUUGAUCAGAACACUUUCUUCGGCCAUGGAUGGUCCCGAACCUUUAGUUGAAGCGGAUGAAUAUUUACAACCGAAGUUCAAGUCGACACCCGGAACAAAUACAACAAAUACUACAGCCACAAUAGAAGCGCAGUCAAGCAAGCCCUGCGCUUCUGCCACCUGGGUGAACAACAUCACUGGACAAGAAGGGGCUAUAAUCGAUACGUCCAACCGAUCCGAAGCCUGGGACCGAGACCUGCUGAGGUACAAUAGCGCAGGAAGUCCCGAUGGAACCGAACUACGGCAUUACUACAACAACGGAGUUUGCGCCUCCGAUAGUUCGAGUUCUAGAUAUUGCAGCGACCCGAUGAAUCACAGACCGGACUGCUUGGAAACAAAAUUCGACAGCAUGUCGAAGGUCAAGGAGGCCCAAGUGGGAAAUUUAAAAUUAAAUCUACCACUAGACGAAGACGAUUACCUCAUGCCGUCACCCCAACCCGCCCAAAACGCGUCAGCUUACAUGGAUUUGAUAGGCGAAAAUGGGGAAGACGGCGAGGCUAAGGACAUCCGUUAUAGUGAUUUCGUCGCAACUAAAAGAUGCAUCGACAACCCCGAGUAUCUAAUGUCAGACCAGAACGUACCCGCGCAGACGAUUGGUAUCCCAACGGAGCCGGUGGCGCUGGAGUCGGCGAACACCAGUGAGGCCAGUGCGGAGCCCUCGUCGCUGCCGGGUUCAAGCAAGUUCCUACCUCAGCGCUCAGUAGAGGAGGAGUCCAUGUCCGACCACGAGUACUACAACGAUCUACAACGGGAGCUACAGCCACUGCGUCGGAAUGAGACGACUGUAUGACCAGCGAUACGCGGCUCCUCCGGAGUCUGCCUGGUCACUAUAUGUAGAAGAAGCGGGUGCCCCUACUGUGCCAUUUACGCGAUGGCUAACGAUAGCUUGUUGUAAAAGCAUUUUAACAAAAGAAUUAUCGUAGUUAACAAGUUUGUUAUUCAUUCUACUUAAUUAUUGUAUAAAUGUUACAAAGUAUAAUUUGUAUAAAAAAUAUUUCCCCGAGUUGCUUGCAACGAGAAGCACCUCACGAAGUAUAAGUUAUUUAUUACUUUAGUUUAAGAAAGGCUAUGUUUAUGUUUUCCGACGUUAUAAUUAUAAGAAAAUGUUAUUUUAAUUUUAUAACUGUGAUAAUUAGAUUAAUUACAUUACAAUAUUACACAAUCAAAUUUUUAUUUCGCUCAAAGGAAUUAUAAAAAUGUGUUGGACGACAUUGUCAUUGUUAUUAAGGUAUCUAUUUGUUUAUGCAUUUCAUAUGUAAUAUUUAGUAGGUGUUUGUGAUGUAUACGUAAAAUGGUGACGAUCUGAUAAACCUUCGCUAUCUUCACUUCUACCCUCUACACGGUGUCUACUAUCUAAACAAACUUUGUCUUUACUGUAGUGAAACUAACCCGGCCAUUAAAAUUUUAAUGAUAUACCUAUUAAUUUAGAUGUUAACACAUUUAGUUUUGUGAUCUUGCCAAUAUUGGGACCAUUUUUAUUAGUAAUUACGGUGUCUUGCCUACAUUCCGAUAUUUUUGUAAUCUAACUUUUCGAUCAUCUAUUAUUAUAUUAUACCUAUUUUUAAUCCUCGUAGCGAUGUUCGAGACAGAACUUAUAUAAUUCCAUGUAACUAAACAUAUAAGUCAGUUAUCGUUGUAUAAUCGCCGAUUCAACGGUGUAUUGCGGUGUAAGCAAAUAGAACACUGCCUCUAGCACAAUAAUCUUAAGCUCAAAGUAAAUCUAAUGCAAUCGUCGUUACGUAUUUCAUAGUUAAAUAAGUUUUAUUUAAUAUUCGACCAAACCCUCGUUUGCCAUGUAUAAUGUAAAUAUUAUUUCAUUGAGUUAUUGUAAAUUGAAUAGAUUAAAAUAUGAACUUUAUCACACACGUGCGAAGCUGCAUGUGUUGCGAGUCAUUGUUAUAAUAUUAAUGUAAAUACAAAUAUAGAAAAGAUUAUAUCGGAGCUGAAGAGCUGUUUACUAUGUGUGCCAUUUUGUUUUAAAUAUUUUAUCAAUUAAAUCCGCCCUUAUGACAUGACUCGUUUGUCAAACGAAAAAGUACUUAGGUACCUACGAAAUGUUGAAAUUUUAACAUUUAUUGUCGUUCAUUGGAAUGUUUUAUCAUUUUUAAUUACAAUAAAAUAAAAUUGUAGUGAUAGUCAAGCGUGAAUAAAUGUCUAUUAAAUAAACAAAUAAAUGUGAAAAUAGAUUGUGUACGCAUUUCCAUGUUCAAAAUUCGAUGUUAACCCUAAAAUGUCUUUUAUAAACGUUUUAAGCGUAUUGUAACUAAAAUCAUUAUUGUCAUCUCUUUAAAUAAAAAUUAAAUUUCUGUAACAAAAAUGUUGUAGAUAAAAUACCCUUUAUAAAUAAAAUAAAAUAAAUUGGUGUUAAAAUAUACGUUAAAGUAUAUAUGAAUAUUAUUAUAUAUGUAUACAAAUAAAACUGCAAAUUCGACAGCUUGAUGAUUUGACAGAAACGACGAAAUGGCCGCUGGACACGAUUUUGCAGUUAAAACAUACAUAUCUGUAAAAGUUAUUGAUUUCUAUGAUAAAUAUAUUACGUGCGAUGUACUUCAAUCAAAUUUUAAAAUUACUGUUAUAUGGCUAACAUAUUAUUCUGUAUGUGUAGAUAAAUGUGAUUGAUGACUUAUGGGUACAUGUACCUUAAUAAAUUAAUUCAAUUGCAAA